CCCCGUCCUCCCCUCCUUUUUUCAUCAUGGCUGCUGUUUCUACUCUCCAGGAACGUUCAGAUUGGUUUCGUUUAGUGAAAUAACUUUUACUCAUCACCCCCUUCUGGGCAUUUUUACCAUCCCCAACAACUAGCCACAUACAGCCAACAACAGUUUCCAGUGCGAUGGUUUGAGUUGGUGCACGCAGUUUUCCUCUCCAUGAACAAUGUGUGAAAACUGCGCUGAGCUGGUGGAUGUUUUAAAUGAAAUUUCGGAUGCAGAAGGCAGUGAGGGGGCCUUCCAGCUGAAGAAAGAACAUGCCCUGCGGGUGCUGGGCUUCAUCAGCUCCUGGACACAGAGACAAUGUUUGUGCUGCUUCAAAGAGUAUAAACAUUUAGAGGUUUUUAAUCAGCUGAUCUACGCUCUCAUCAACCUCGUCAUUGCUCAGAUCAGUAGCUUGAGGAACAGACUCUUCAGUGCCCAAAACCGCACACAUAAAGGGACCGGGUCUGAAUGGAGGGCAGACGAGUUAGCACCUGACUUGUUACCCCAGCCGCCCUCACCAGGGGAGAACGAACCUUUAAACGUAGAGAGAGACUCUGCUGAAGAGGAUGCAGACACACCUGAAGGAAACCAAAACAAGACUCAAAGCCAGAAUCAGGGGUCCAACCACACAGAGGAGGCUCAGGUGGAAGCACUGAGACCUGUGUGUGACAGUCGUGAGUCCAGGGAGGAUGAGGAUGGUGUUGCAACUGGCAGUGACAUCAGUGACAGCCAGGAUCCCUUCAUCUGUUGGACCACAGAGGAGAGAGAAAAACUGCUGCUGUGUACUGCUAAGAUUUUUCAAAUACAGUUCCCCCUCUAUACAGCUUACAAACACAACACACACCCCACCUUAGAGGACAUAUCUUCACAUGAAAGCAACAUCCUUGGCGCCUUCUGUGACAUGAAUGAUGUGGAAGUGCCCCUUCACCUGCUGCGUUAUGUCUGCCUGUUCUGCGGGAAACACGGCCUUUCUCUGAUGAAGGAAUGUUUUGAGCUGGGCACUCCAGAGAGCCUCCCUUUUCUCAUCGCCCACGCCUUCAUCACCAUCAUCUCAAAUAUAAGAAUAUGGCUGCACAUCCCUGCAGUUAUGCAGCAUAUCAUACCAUUUCGCACAUAUGUAAUAAGGUAUCUGUGUAAAUUGUCAGAUCAGGAGCUGCGCCAGAGUGCGGCUCGCAACAUGGCCGAUCUGAUGUGGAGUACUGUGAAGGAGCCACUGGACAGUGCGCUGUGCUUCGACAAGGAGAGCCUGGACCUCGCCUUCAAAUACUUCAUGUCCCCCACUCUCACCAUGCGGUUGGCUGGACUCAGUCAAAUCACAAAUCAGCUCCACACAUUCAAUGAUGUGUGCAACAACGAGUCCCUGGUGUCUGACACAGAAACGUCCAUAGCGAAGGAAUUAGCUGACUGGCUGAUCCAAAACAAUGUAGUGGAGCACAUUUUUGGACCAAAUUUGCACAUUGAGAUCAUUAAACAGUGCCAAGUGAUCCUGAACUUCUUGGCUGCAGAAGGCCGACUCAGCACACAGCAUAUUGACUGUAUCUGGGCUGCAGCUCAGUUGAAACAUUGCAGCCGCUACAUCCACGACCUUUUCCCUUCACUUAUUAAAAACCUGGACCCAGUGCCUCUUCGCCAUGUUCUAAACCUGGUGUCUAGCCUGCAUCCAAGUGCCCACACUGAGCAGACUUUAUACCUGGCUUCCAUGCUAAUAAAGGCUCUGUGGAACAACGCCCUCGCAGCAAAGGCCCAGCUCUCCAAACAGAGCUCUUUUGCCUCUCUGCUGAAUACAAACAUCAUGGGGAACAAGAAAGGUUCACUUGCUCCCAGCCCAGAUAGCAGUGACAACAGUGAUACGCAGCACAGCGGAGGCACUGACAUGGAGAUGGACGAGCAGAUGAUGGUGACUGGCAGCAAGAGGAGCCAGCAGAGGCUAUCAGAUACAGAGGAGUCAAUGCAGGGCAGCUCAGAUGAGACGGCAAACAGUGUGGAGGAGGGCAGCAGUGGACCGGGCAGCAGCAGUGGCUGCAGCGAGGCCUCCAGUAAUGAAGCUGCCUCUAGUCGAGCCAGCCAAUCAGCCGGCAGCCCCGGCAGUGAGAUGCACUCUGACGACAUGGCAGACAGCGAGGCCUUAAAGGAGGAAGAGGAGGAUGAAGAAAACGAGGACGAUGAUGAGGAUGAGGAGGCUGAUGAGGAGGAAGAGGACGAAGGGAACCGGUCAGCUGUUGAAGAUGGUCAGCAGAAAGCAGUGCAGGAGCAGACUGAGUCGAGGAAGAGGAAGGCGGGGGAGGCUCUCUGCGAUGGGCCAAGUCACCGGGUAGGACCCAUUGGUUCAGGGGCAGGAACCAAAACCAAAGUUCUUUCCUUCAGUCCAGAGACUUCGACCGUCAUGGUCACUGCAGCAUCRUCGACCUUAGAGGGCCGCAUGAAGAUGCUGGACACUUGCUCUUCGUCAUCCACUCGACCUGAGGGUAUUGAGCAUCAGCAAGGGCAGGAUAUCAGUCCCUCUCAGAUAGUCCAGGCGCCCCAGGAGCCUUCCUGUUUGCCAAGACCGGGGGACUUCCUCGGAGAGGCCAUGGGCAGUGAGCUAUUCAACUGUCGCCGAUUCAUAGGACCCCAACACCAUCAUCAUCAUCACCACCACCAUCAUCACCACCACCAUGAGGGUCCCAUGGUGGAGGACAUGCUGAGUGCUGAUGACGUCAGCUGCAGCAGCUCCCAAGUCAGCGCCAAGUCGGAGAAAAACAUGGCCGACUUUGAUGGGGAAGAAUCAGGCUGUGAGGAAGAGCUUGUCCAGAUCAAUUCCCAUGCUGAGCUCAGUUCCCACCUGCAGCAGCACCUCCCCAACCUGGCCUCCAUUUAUCAUGAGCACCUGGUGCCAUGUCCAGCUGUCCUUAAACAUCAGUACUCCAGCCAUGCUGUGACAGACAUCAACUUAGAUAAUGUUUGUAAGAAAGGAAAUACCCUUUUGUGGGACCUGGUGCAAGAUGAAGAUGCGAUUAAUCUCUCUGAGGGUCUGAUAAAUGAAGCAGAGAAGCUGCUGUGUUCGCUCGUUUGUUGGUUCACUGACAGACAGAUMCGAAUGCGUUUCAUUGAGGGCUGCCUGGACAACUUGGCCCACCAUAGGUCAGUUGUGGUUUCUCUGCGCCUUCUACCAAAACUUUUUGGCACUUUUCAGCAGUUUGGCUCCAGCUAUGACACUCACUGGAUCACCAUGUGGGCUGAGAAGGAGUUGCACAUGAUGAAACUGUUCUUCGACAAUCUGCAACACUACAUCCAUGAAGUCAGAGAACACCUGCACAAGUUUGCACUAUACAGUCACAGUGCAGAGGUCCAGGUCCGCCUGCAGUUCCUCACCUGUGUUUUCUCAACGCUGGGAUCACCAGAUCACUUCAGACUGAGUCUGGAGCAGGUGGACAUCCUCUGGCACUGUCUGGUGGAGGACGCUGAAUGCUAUGAUGAUGCGCUACACUGGUUCCUUAAUCAGGUUCGCAGUAAGGACCAGCACGCUAUGGGCAUGGAGACAUACAAGCACCUGUUUCUGGAGAAGAUGCCUCAGCUGAAACCAGAAACCAUCAGCAUGACAGGCCUGAACCUCUUUCAGCACCUCUGUAAUCUGGCUCGCCUUGCCACCAGCACCCUGGAUAAUGCCUCCAGCUGUGAGCUGUGUGGAAUGGACCAGCUGUGGGGGAUUGCCCUGAGAGCUCAGUCUGCUGAUAUCAGCCGUGCAGCCAUCCAGUACAUCAACUCUUACUACAUCAAUGCUGGAAAAACUGGUUUGGAGAAGGAGCAGGAGUUUAUUAGGAAGUGUAUGGAGAGUCUUCUGAUAGCUUCAGCCAACCUUGAAAAGGAUUCUCAUUCCAGUCUGACCUGCAUCGAGAGAGGGCUGCUCAUGCUCAAAACUCACUUGGAGGCCUUUAGACGCAGAUGACCAUUGAGAUGUAUCCCAGCGACCAGGUUGCUGACCUGCGGGCCGAGGUGACCCACUGGUAUGAAAACUUGCAGAAAGAGCAGAUGAACCAGCAGGCUCAGCUGCAGGAGUUUGGUCAGAGCAGCCGGCAGUCUGGAGACUUUCCAGGUGGUUUAAUGGGACCAGUUAGAAUGAUCUCCUCUGGUCAUGAACUCACUACAGACUACGAUGAAAAAACCUUACAUGAACUGGGAUUUAAAGACAUGCAGAUGGUGUUCGUCUCUCUGGGAGCUCCACGGAGAGAGAGAAAGGGGGAGGGCAUCCAGCUGCCGGCCUCUUGUCUGCCGCCUCCUCUGAAGGAGCACAUUCCCAUGCUGCUUCUCCUCCAGGAGCCUCACCUCACCACACUCUUUGACCUGCUUGAAAUGCUGACCUGCUUCAAACCACCUAGUCCCAACACAGAGAAGGUUCAGGAGAGCCCAGAGAUUACACGCUGUGAAGAACUUCACCUCCAUGCAGAGAAUCUGUCCCGUCGGGUUUGGGAGCUGCUGAUGCUCCUUCCUACAUGUCCCAAGAUGCUGCAGGCUUUUCAGAACAUUUCAGAUGAAACGAAUGAAGAAUGUUUGUCCUGGAAGGAGCUGCUAAGGAUUAAAAGUCCUCAUAAACUGUUGUAUGCUCUGGAAAUCAUUGAGGCUCUAGGCAAACCCAACCGACGGAUCCACAGAGAGUCAUCUGGCAGCUACAGUGAUUUAUACCCAGACUCUGAUGACUCCAGUGAGGAUCAGAUAGAAAACAGCAAGAACACCUGGAGCUGCAAGUUUGUUUCAUCUGGGGGUCUCCAGCUGCUCCUGGAGAUCUUUAACUCUGGCAUCCUCGAACCCAAAGACCAGGAGUCCUGGACAGUGUGGCAACUGGACUGCCUUGCCUGCCUACUGAAGCUGAUCUGCCAAUUUGCUGUGGACCCUGCAGACCUGGACCUUGCCUUCCAUGAUGUCUUCUCCUGGUCUGGCCUCACAGACAACCAACGUAAACGGGCAUGGCCUGGCAAGUCUCGCAAAUCCACUGUAGAACAUGGGAAGGGUCUUCACAUCCCUCGCCUGACAGAGGUGUUUCUUGGUCUAGUCCAGGGCACCAACCUGAUCCAGAGGCUUAUCAACAUGGCCUACACCUAUGACAACCUUGCACACAGAGUUCUGAAGGCUCAGUCUGAUCAUAGGUCUCGGUAUGAAGUGACACACUACUCCAUGUGGCUACUUGUUAGCUGGGCUCAUUGUUCAUCUGUAGUGAAGUCCAGCCUGACUGACACCGACCACCUCCACGACUGGCUGAAGAAACUCACCCUACUAGUGCCUGAGCCUGCAGUGAGGCACGAGGCAUGUAAUGGCCUCUACAAGCUCUCUCUUUCUGGCUUGGAGAGUGGUGAGACCAUCAACAGGUCCUUCCUGCUGAUUGCUGCAUCUACGUUGCUCAAGUUCCUGCCUGAUGCUCAGGCCCUCAAACCUUUGAAGGUGGAUGGUUAUGAAGAGGAACCUUUGUUGAGGACUGGCUGUAAAGAAUACUUCUGGCUGCUCUGCAAACUUAUUGAUAACAUCCACGUUAAAGACACCAGCCAGACUACCCUGCUGGACCUUGAUGCUCUUGCUAGACAUCUUGCUGACUGCAUUCGGAGUCGAGAGAUCUUAGAUCAGCAGAAUGGAACCGUUGAAGAUGACGGGCUGACGGGCCUCCUGCGUCUUGCCACCAGUGUGCUCAAACACAAACCUUCCUUUAAGUUCUCCCGCGAGGGGCAGGAGUUCCUGCGUGACGUCUACAACCUGCUCUUCCUCCUCCCUAGCUUGGCUGACCGCGCACAACCCAAAUGCAAGUCCCACUCUGCCAGGGCGGCUGCCUAUGACCUGUUGGUGGAAAUGGUGAAGGGCUCGGUGGAAAACUACCGGUUGCUCCACAACUGGGUCAUGUCACAGCACAUGCAGUCCUCUCAUGCUCCGUACAAGUGGGACUACUGGCCCCACGAUGAUGUCAGGGCUGAGUGCCGCUUUGUGGGUCUGACCAACUUGGGUGCAACCUGCUACCUAGCUUCUACCAUCCAGCAGCUCUACAUGAUCCCGGAGGCCCGGCAGGCUGUCUUCACAGCUAAGUACUCUGAAGAGAUCAAACACAAAACCACACUUCUGGAGCUGCAGAAGAUGUUCACAUAUCUCAUGGAGAGUGAGCGGAAGACAUACAACCCUCGACCAUUUUGUAAAACCUAUACAAUGGACAAACAGCCUCUCAACACUGGUGAACAGAAAGACAUGACUGAGUUUUUCACAGACCUUAUCACUAAGAUAGAAGAGAUGUCCCAGGACCUGAAAAACACAGUAAAGACCUUGUUCGGAGGCGUCAUCACCAACAAUGUUGUCUCUCUGGAUUGUGACCAUGUCAGUCAGACUGCAGAAGAGUUUUACACAGUCAGAUGUCAAGUGGCAGAUAUGAAGAACAUCUAUGAGUCUUUGGAUGAGGUGACCAUCAAAGACACUCUGGAGGGUGACAACAUGUACACGUGUUCACAGUGUGGCAAGAAGGUCCGAGCAGAAAAAAGAGCUUGUUUCAAGAAACUGCCACGCAUYCUGAGCUUCAACACAAUGAGGUACACAUUCAACAUGGUAACCAUGAUGAAGGAGAAAGUGAACACACAUUUCUCCUUCCCCCUGCGCCUCGACAUGACGCCAUACACAGAGGACUUCCUCAUGGGCAAAGGAGAGCGUAAAGAAGGUUUUCGGGAAGAAGGAGAAGUAAAUAUCACUGGGAGCUAUGAAUAUGACCUAAUCGGCGUCACUGUUCACACGGGCACAGCAGACGGCGGCCAUUACUACAGCUUUAUCAGGGACAUUGUCAACCCCCAUGCCUACAAGAACAACAAGUGGUAUCUAUUCAACGAUGCAGAGGUGAAGCCCUUUGACUCAGCACAGCUUGCUUCUGAGUGUUUCGGUGGAGAGAUGACGACUAAAACGUAUGACUCUGUCACUGACAAGUUCAUGGACUUCUCCUUUGAGAAGACACACAGUGCCUACAUGCUCUUCUACAAGAGAGUGGAGCUGGAGGAGGAGAAUGGGAAGGACUUCAGUUUUGAUGUUUCUUCUGACCUACUUGAGUGGAUUUGGCACGACAAUAUGCAGUUUCUACAGGAUAAGAAUAUUUUUGAGCACACUUAUUUUGGGUUCAUGUGGCAGCUAUGUAGCAGCAUCCCCAGCACUUUACCAGACCCCAAAGCAGUCUCCCUCAUGACAGCCAAGCUUAGCACAUCUUUUGUCCUUGAGACUUUCAUUCACUCUAAAGAAAAGCCUACCAUGCUGCAGUGGAUCGAACUUCUCACCAAGCAGUUCAACAACAGCCAGGGUGCCUGUGAGUGGUUUUUGGACCGGAUGGCUGAUGAUAACUGGUGGCCAAUGCAGAUCCUCAUAAAGUGUCCCAAUCAGAUUGUCAGACAGAUGUUCCAGAGGUUAUGCAUUCAUGUUAUCCAGAGACUUCGGCCAGUUCAUGCGCAUCUGUAUCUGCAACCUGGCAUGGAGGACGGCUCUGAUGACAUGGAUGGCCCAGUGGAGGACAUUGGAAGCCGGUCCUGUGUCACUCGUUUUGUCAAGACUCUCCUUUCCAUCAUGGAGCACGGCGUCAAGCCACACAGCAAACACCUGACGGAAUACUUUGCUUUUCUUUACGAAUUUGCCAAGAUGGGAGAGGAGGAGCCUCAGGUGGAGGUGCUGUCAGAGGAGGAGGCAGAGGAGGAGGAUGAAGAGGAGGACAUCCUGUCUCUUGCUGAGGAGAAAUACCGUCCUGCAGCUCUGGAGAAAAUGAUUGCUCUCAUUGCUCUGCUAGUGGAGCAGUCUCGCUCUGAGAGACAUCUGACUCUGUCUCAGAGUGACAUGACAGCACUGACAGGAGGGAAAGGCUUUCCCUUCCUCUUUCAGCACAUCAGGGAUGGCAUCAAUAUUAGACAGACGUGUAACCUCAUCUUUAGCCUCUGUCGCUACAACAACCGUCUGGCUGAACAUAUUGUUUCAAUGCUCUUCACCUCUAUCGCAAAGCUCACUCCUGAGACUGCUAACCCUUUCUUCAAGCUGCUGACUAUGUUAAUGGAGUUUGCUGGUGGUCCUCCAGGAAUGCCGUCGUUUGCUUCUUACAUCCUCCAGAGGAUCUGGGAGGUGAUAGAGUACAAUCCAUCUCAGUGUCUGGACUGGUUAGCUGUCCAGACUCCCAGGAACAAACUGGCCCACAGCUGGGUACUGCAGAACAUGGAGAACUGGGUGGAACGCUUCCUGCUGGCACACAACUACCCCCGAGUCCGCACAUCUGCGGCGUACCUCCUCGUUUCACUUAUCCCCAGCAACUCCUUCCGCCAAAUGUUUCGCUCCACCCGCUCCCUCCACCUGCCAACCCGUGAACUGCCGUUGUCUCCUGACACCACUGUGGUGCUACACCAGGUGUACAACCUGCUGCUGGGGCUGCUGGGUCGGGCCAAGCUGUAUGUGGACGCUAGUGUUCACGGCACAGCAAAACUAGUUCAGUAUUUCAGCUUCAUGACUUACUGCCUCAUCUCCAAGACAGAGAAACUCAUGUUCUCUGGCUACUUCAUGGACCUUUGGAACCUAUUUCAGCCCAAACUCUCAGAGCCAGCCAUUUCCACCAAUCACAACAAGCAGGCACUGCUGUCCUUCUGGUACAAUGUGUGUGUAGACUGUCCUGAGAAUGUCAGGCUCAUUGUGCAGAACCCUGUAGUGACUAAGAACAUCGCUUUCAACUACAUCCUGGCUGAUCACGACGACCAGGAGGUGGUGCUCUUCAAUCGUGGCAUGCUGCCAGCUUACUACGGCAUCCUACGCAUAUGCUGUGAGCAGUCACCCACCUUCACCCGCCAGCUGGCAUCGCACCAGAACAUCCAGUGGGCCUUCAAAAACCUGACACCACAUGCCAGCCAGUAUCCAGGGGCGGUGGAGGAGCUCUUCAACUUGAUGCAGCUUUUUGUGGCGCAGCAAGCUGACAUGAGAGAGGAAGAGUUAGAGGACAUCAAACAGUUUAAGAAGACCACCAUCAGCUGUUACCUACGAUGCCUGGACGGACGCUCCUGCUGGACAACUCUCAUCAGUGCCUUCAGAAUUCUGCUGGAGACUGACGAGGACCGACUCCUGGUUGUGUUCAACAGAGGUCUCAUCCUCAUGACUGAGUCCUUCAACACUCUGCACUUGAUGUACCAUGAGGCGACAGCGUGCCACGUCACUGGAGACUUAGUGGAGCUUCUGUCCAUCUUCCUGUCAGUCCUCAAAGACACCCGACCAUACCUGCAGCGCAAAGAUGUGAAGCAGGCUCUGAUCCAGUGGCAAGAGAGGAUUGAUUUUGCUCAUAAACUGCUCACACUCCUCAACUCCUACAGCCCCCCUGAGCUAAGGAAUGCCUGCCUAGAUGUUCUGAAGGAGCUUGUGCUGCUGAGUCCACAUGAUUUCCUGCACACCCUUGUCCCUUUCUUACAGCACAACCACUGCACCUACCACCACAGUAACAUCCCCUUGUCAUUUGGCCCUUACCUGCCAUGCAGAGAGAACAUCAAGUUAAUGGGCGCCAAGAACAACAUCCGACCUCCAAGACCAGAGCUCAACAUGUGUCUGCUUCCCUCUUUGGUGGAGAGCAGCAAGGGUAAAGACGAAGUCUAUGACCGGAUGCUGCUGGACUACUUCCUGCCCUACCAUCAGUUCAUUCACCUGCUGUGUCGUGUUGCCGUCAGCUGCGAGAAAUUCACUGAAAGUCUUGUCAAAUUGAGUGUUCUGAUUGCGUAUGAAGGACUUCCUCUUCAUCUUGCACUUUUCCCCAAAUUGUGGACGGAGCUCUGUCAGUCACCGUCUGUUCUGGCUAAGACAUGUGUGAAGCUGCUGUGUGAAGAUCCAGCCUUUAGUGAGUACAUCAAAUGUAUCCUGAUGGAUGAGAGGACGUUUCUCAACAACAAUGUGGCCUACUCUUUCCUCACCUGCUUCCUGCACAAGAUCCAGGUUCUGUCCGGUCCCAGCUGUUCUAACCUGAUUGGUGUCUUGGUAACCAACCUGCUGACUGAACAGAGCAACCUUCAGCCUGAGCUGGCAGUUCACCGAGUGGAGCUCAACAAGACAAGCAGCCUGCUGAAUGCAGACCUGAGGGCGUUGGUGUUGCUGCUGUCUGUCCAGCCCCCUCAAGUUGUUGAUCCCGCCCUCUGCCCGGCUCUGCAGGAGCUGCUGGGUAGAUGUCGCCUUUGUCUCCAGCAGCGCAGUGCUGUGGAACUAGAGGCCAAAGAUCACAAGUCCAAAGCUAAGGAUGAAGGAGUAACUCCUGUGAAGAGGCGGAGAGUGUGCAGUGAAGAAGGCAGAGUCAGAGAGCCCCCCAUUUGCAUGGCCUCCUCCUCCUUAGCUCUCCCCGACUGCAGCGAGCUGAAAUCCGACCACCAGGAUGCAUUAACACCCACCAGCACCUCAGAUACAGAGACGAGGGACUCCUCCCUGAUAGACCCWGGCACAGAGCAGGAUCCUCCUUCUCCCGACCCCACCCCCACCACCUCUGAAAACCUGGACUCCUCCUUGAAAGAGGAGAAGAUGGAGGCCUCCUCCUCAUCGUCGUCAUCAUCAUUUUCUUCUUCCUCCUCCUUGCUGCAGGAUGCAGCAGAGGGGUUUGUGCAGGGGGAGGAGCCUGAACCACAGCAGCUUGUGGGCGGGGCUGGAAAGCAGGUGGAGGUGCAGUUAGAUGGGAGCAGAGGUGAAACAACAUCUACCUCCUCGGAGGAGUUGAAAGAAGAAAAGGAGGCAGCAUCCAAAGCCAGAAUCAGGUCCACCCCACCCCUUUCAGAGGACACUGCCUUUCCAUCAGCCCUUGGGUUGGUAGGGGAGGGGCCUGACUACUGUGGGAGUCACACCYCACCCUCAAAGAUGUCCCCACGUGACGUGCUGGACAUGCUGUACAGGACUGUGGAAGCCACUAUUGCCAUAGUAACCAAACUGUAUGUUAAAGGUCCACUACCCUCAUGAUAUCAUUGACCUAAAGCAUAAGAUCUCUAAGAACCUUUGUUCUAAGUUCUGCUGAGAGGAACCAGACAUUCUGCUGGGUUCCUCUCGUUUGCUGUCUGUUGCCUUCUGCUGAUGUUUUCUGUCGAUUUCUGCCGCUUCAGUGGUUUAUUCUGUUUUUGUGCUGAUAAAUUUUUUGCCAUUCAAAGCCAACCAACUAAUUCAACAAAGACAAAAAUCUGAAGUUAUGAAAGCUGCAGUAUAUAAGGGCAAGAAAGUGGGGUUUUUUGUUGUUUUUUGUUUUGUUUUUUUAACAAAAUGUGAUUUUUUUUUUUUUUUUGCUUGUUUUGUUUUUAAGGUUUGUUGUAACGGGGAAAGGUUUACAUAACUUUUGUCUCCGGUGUGUAAUUUAAUUUUAUUGUAUUUUUACUGUGUAUAAAAUAGUCGUCCUCCGUGCCAGUUUUCUACGUUAUGUACAAGGCAAAAUAAAGUUGCCUUGACYUUU